UUUCAUUGUGGCCCUGCAAAGACAACGCCAUCAUACCCCAUACUCAGCAGCUAUAGCGAGUGGGGCAGCUCGAAUAUCACACAGGAUUUAUGUAGGCUUUAAGGUUACUAUUGUCACAAAAACAUCAAGCGUCUCAUCUUCAACUGCAAUGGAAUACAUUCGUCCGGUUAAUUAGACGCCUUCGAAUCGGGCCUCUGUUUUCUCAGUACACAAAGCAAUGUGGAGCAAAUAAAGAUCCUGAUACACUGAAACCAGAGAAUAUAGAUAAUGGGCUGUGUACAAUGCAAGGAUAAAGAAGCAACGAAACUCACAGACGACCGAGACACCAGCAUCUCCCAGAGUGCCACAGGCUUCCGUUAUGGCGCCGAUCCCACGCCGCAGCACCAGCACUAUCCCAGCUUCGGGGUCACCGCCAUCCCCAACUUCAACAACUUCCAGGCGCCUGUCGGCCAGGGGAUGACCGUCUUCGGAGGGGUCAACACCUCCUCCCACACCGGGACCCUACGCACCCGUGGCGGAACAGGAGUCACCCUCUUUGUGGCACUUUAUGACUAUGAGGCGCGGACAGAGGACGACCUCAGCUUCAGGAAAGGGGAGAGGUUUCAGAUUAUCAACAGCACUGAAGGGGACUGGUGGGAUGCUCGUUCCCUCACCACCGGUGGAAAUGGUUACAUCCCCAGUAAUUACGUGGCUCCAGUGGACUCCAUCCAGGCUGAGGACUGGUACUUUGGGAAAUUAGGCCGGAAGGAUGCAGAGAGGCAGCUGCUGUUCACUGGUAACCCCCGUGGCACCUAUCUCAUCAGAGAGAGCGAAACUACCAAAGGGGCCUUCUCCCUGUCCAUACGAGACUGGGAUGACGUGAAGGGGGACCACGUGAAGCAUUAUAAGAUCCGUAAGCUGGACAGCGGCGGUUACUACAUCACCACCAGGGCUCAGUUUGAGACCCUACAGCAGCUGGUACAGCACUACUCAGAGCGGGCAGCGGGGCUGUGUUGUCGCUUGGUAGUGCCCUGCCACAAAGGGAUGCCCCGCCUCACCGACCUGUCCGUCAAAACCAAAGACGUGUGGGAGAUCCCACGGGAGUCACUGCAGCUCAUCAAGCGUCUGGGGAAUGGGCAGUUUGGGGAGGUCUGGAUGGAGAGUGCGGAUGGUUUGUGCUUUAAUUUAACCGGUGUGUGUGUGAACUACACCCCUGAUACUGUGGGCCUGACUCACGAUUCCUGGGAAAUCGCCAGAGACUCACUUGAGUUCGAAGUAAAGCUGGGGGCGGGAUGUUUUGCUGAGGUGUGGUGUGGAACAUGGAACGGCACCACCAAGGUGGCGGUGAAGACGCUGAAGCCGGGCACCAUGUCUCCCGAGUCCUUCCUGGAAGAAGCCCAGAUCAUGAAGAAGCUCCGGCAUGACAAGCUGGUGCAGCUCUACGCUGUGGUGUCUGAGGAACCCAUCUACAUCGUCACUGAGUACAUGGGCAAAGGAAGCCUCCUGGAUUUCUUGAAGGAUGGGGAGGGACGAGGACUGAAGCUGCCCAAUCUGGUUGACAUGGCAGCCCAAGUGGCAGCAGGCAUGGCGUACAUCGAGAGGAUGAACUACAUUCACAGAGAUCUGCGCUCGGCUAACAUUCUGGUCGGGGACAACCUGGUGUGUAAGAUCGCCGACUUCGGAUUGGCCAGGCUGAUUGAGGACAAUGAGUACACAGCACGGCAAGGUGCUAAAUUCCCUAUUAAGUGGACAGCCCCGGAGGCUGCGCUGUUUGGGAAGUUCACCAUCAAGUCAGACGUGUGGUCGUUCGGCAUCCUGCUCACUGAGCUGGUCACCAAGGGACGGGUACCCUACCCAGGGAUGAACAACCGGGAGGUGCUGGAGCAGGUGGAGCGAGGCUACAGGAUGCCCUGUCCCCAGGACUGCCCCAUCUCCCUCCACGAGCUCAUGGUGCAGUGCUGGAAGAAGGACGCCGAGGAGAGGCCCACCUUCGAGUACCUGCAGGCCUUCCUGGAGGACUAUUUUACGGCCACGGAGCCGCAGUACCAGCCAGGGGACAACCUCUAAACGCUGGGCUGGGAACAGGACUGGACUGAACCGUAGCUCUCUGGAGCCCCACCAGGGACCAGGGACCUGUACAUCUUCCUCAACUUAACAGAGCAUCUUGUCUCAACUCUCCUCACUCUCCGUGGCUGACCCUGUGACUCAACAGACUGGAUACCAGAGGUUUUGUGUGUGAGGGAAAGUGGGGUUUGAUCUAGCUGGGGCUGGGUUAACUAGGUUGGGCGUGUAUGGGUUAUGAAGGAUGGAGGGAGAGGGGAAGGGAGGGAGAUUUGGGUGUGGUUGGGUUUGUGAUGAUGCAAUGAAAUGCCUGUAUUCAAUGUAAAUAUGAACAGCUUGUUUGCUUAACUUCUGGCCUUUCUUUUGUUGGUUUGUUUGUUUGACAUAUUUUCUCCAACACAAUAAUGAUGAUGACGAUGAUAAUAAAGAAAUUAUGACCAUUUCAAAAGUGCACCAUGAGACCAAUAUCUCAAGUUAUCUGGUCUCUUCCAAUCCAGAUUCUCUUCCAAUCCAGAUUCUCUUCCAAUCCAGAUUCUACAGGACAUUCCUUUCUUUGCAAAGUCAUCUGUUUUACCGACUAGGCUAGCAUGACAAAGUAGUCCGUUUUUCUAGCAAUGCUUCUUAUGAAGUAAGUUUGAUAUGAUUCAUCAAUGUGAGAUAGCUUUGUCCUCCUCAUAAUAAUAGAUGUCGGGCUAAUGCUGUAACAAAGUUAUUUUACAAAUAAUGUAUGUUACAUUUUGUAAUUGCAGCCAAACGUGUAAGAAUUAUACUUUUGAACAUAUCUCUUCUCGCUUACCAGAUUUUCAGAAAAGUAAAUAACGUGGAAAAAUCUGUCUUUCCAGGUAUUAUUUAGUGUGUACUGGAAGGGCAUACCGUGUAUUUAAGAAGAGAAAGAUGUAUGUCGACAUUUAAUGGUCAUAUUUGAACUUGUAUGCAGAGUUCCAUUCUAACAGCCAUUCCAAGGCAUCCAUCUCAUGGACCUUGUUUCCUCCAUGAUGUGUAGCCAUGUACUGGGAAGUCUUAGUGGGUAACGUCUCUUCCUCCCUCUGUGAACAGUGACAUGUCCCCAUUCACCUCAUGUCCCACCCUAGGUCUGUCUGUAUGCAGUACAGCACCACCAGUAGGAUCCUUUCUCAGCUCAUUUCUGGACCACUUCCUUUGGAUGACUUUACCUUUUUUAUGUUUAAACUGACAUGGAUAUUUUAAGUCUUGUGUCUUUUGUUUCAGAGUACGUUUUAUUGAACCAUAAUUGCUCGAUCUUUGAGGAAUGGGUUGUACUGUAUCUUCAAGGGGAAUGUUGAAAGACACUGGUGAAACGUCCAGCUGUAAGCUUGACCUUGUUUUGUCUCAAUGUAGUAUUUGUUCUUAUCUUAAGACGGUUAAAGUGAUAAUCGGGAUCUGUUUAAGAUUGAACCCCAUCGUUGUUUUACAGUUUUACAACUUAAUGGUUUUAAAAGUGUCAGUAAUCUUCCUAGUUUAUUUCUUCCAUUUUACAUUUUUUUACAUUUCUGUUUUGUUAAUUCAGUAGUUUGGCAUUUGAAAUUCAAAAAGAACAAUAAACAUUUUACACUCUU